AUGCAACAGCUUUGCUGCUGCUUCGGCACUCGUACCGACAAGGUGUCGCCGGGUGAAUCCUUCGAUCAAUCCAAAUCUUCAACACCGACAAGCGAUGGAACGCUUAAUAACAUCUUCCGCACCGAACGACACUGCACGGACAUCCUGUUCAUUGCAAUCAAGGCAGCCUUUAUUCUGAUCCUGCUGGUACUCAUUAUCUACUGCAUGGCAUUCGGAGAUAUCUAUCGCAUUAUAAAUGGUUACGAUGACUGCGCCAACGUGUGUGGCCGGGACAACUUGCCGGACGAGAAGCUGGCGUGCAAGGGUGCUGAUAGAACGGAGCAAAAGUUUUUACUCGUUACCGGGUCAGGUGUAUCGACCAGCGAUCUGCACCGGAUGUGUGUCACCAGUUGCAACGAGGUGGAAGGAUUUAAACCAUGGCUCAACCGGUGCAUCCGCGUAAGCAACCCCACGGAAGAGGUCGCCACGCGGACCGGCCUGCGGAACUUCUUCCAGGAGGUAUCGGAAGACCUGGACGCUUGCCAGCGCGAAAUGCUGUGGCUGGCGCUGACUGCAUUCGUCUGUUCGCUGCUCACGCUCGUGCUGCUACGCGUUCUGCCGGGGUUGAUCGUUUGGUUGGUGCUGGUAGCCGUCUUGCUUGCCUGUACCACCGGUACGAUCUGGCUGUGGUUCAAGUGGCGGCAUGAGGUCGAACAGACGGCACCGGCAGCCGGCGAGUCGGCACGUAUGCGCAUCAACAAUUGGUUGUACUACGCGGUCGGAGCUACCGUUGCCACGGUGAUCGUCUGUCUGGUGAUACUAGUGAUGCGCCGACGGAUCAAACUCGUUGUCCAGCUGUUCCGGGAAGCGGGCAAAGCAAUCGCCAGUAUGCCGCUACUGCUGGCCGAACCUGUGCUGACCUUCGUGACGAUCGGUGGAGCGAUCGCUCUGUACGUGUACUUUACGGUGUGGAUCGAAAGUGCGGGCAUGCUGGUGAUCGAGGGUAAUAACAGUGCGCGAUACGAGAAGGAUCCAACGAUGCUGCUGACCCGCUGGUACAACCUCCUUGCCUUCCUGUGGUUCGCCCAGUUCGUCAUCGGGUGCCAGCACAUGGUCAUUGCCGGCGCGGUCGCCGGUUGGUUCUUUACGCGCAACAAGUCCCAGCUGGGCAGCCCGAUCGGUCGGGCUUACGGUAAUCUGGUACGCUAUCAUCUCGGCACCGUGGCGCUCGGUUCGUUCGUGAUCGCGCUGGUCCAGUUCUUGCGGAUGCUGCUGAAGCUCCUGAUGCAUUCGGUGCGCAAUCCGCAGAACCGUGUGACGAACUGUCUGUUCGACUGCUGCCAGUGCUGUUUGCGGUGCUUCGAGCGAUUCCUGCAGUACCUCACCCGUAAUGCGUACAUACUGACCGCGAUGCACGGUGAUCCGUUUUGUCGGGCCGGUCAGCAUGCGUUCCGGCUGCUGACGAGCAAUGCGUUACGCGUGGUCGCCAUCAACUCGGUCGGAGAUUUCGUGCUCGUGCUGGCCAAGGUGUUUGUCGUCGUCGCAACGGCUCUCCUCGGCAUGGAGCUGAUACAGCGAAAGCCGGGCCUGCACCAUCCGUACGUACCGCUGAUCCUGAUUGGCAUCUUCGCCUACCUGGUGGCGCACUGCUUCAUGACCGUGUACGAGAUGACGGUCGAUACGAUAUUUCUGUGCUUCUGUGAGGAUUGCGAGACGAACGACGGUAUCGGGCGGCCAUACUACAUGUCCCGUGGACUGAUGGAGUUUGUGCAAAACUCCAAACGGGCCCUAGCCAUCGAUGGCAGUCGGGCUGGGACCACCACUAGUCACCAUGACCACCACCAACAGCAGGCUCUCCGUGAGGGUAAGGCGUGGAUGGCAUCCGAAUCGAAACCAUCGCAGCAGGCAUCUUCAUCGCCUAGCACCGCGAAGCAGCAGCAGCUCCGUACUGCGGCCAUUUCGGAAACAGUUGAUUAG